AUGAUAAAGGCUACGCUAUCUUCUUGUGUACCCAACCCUAUCUCUAGUAGCUUCAGAGAAGAUGCUCCUCGUCCCCCUGUCCCAGGGGAAGAGGGCGAGACGAAAUGCUACAGUCCCAGCAAACUUGCCAUGAUGAGACCCAAGAAUACGGCUAAAUCGUCGGUAGUUGCACCGCCCGGUUCAACGGCGAGGAGAGAUGAUGAUGGUCUUGGGGAACCCGAAGGGAGCGCAUCACCGGAUUCGCCGCUCGCUCGAUGGACCAAGUCUUUACACUCUCUUCUUGGGGACCAAGACGGUGCUCAACUUUUCCGGGCAUUCCUGGAGCGGGAGAAAUGUGUGGACACUUUAGAUUUUUGGUUCGCCUGCAAUGGUUUCAGACAGAUGGACCUCAAGGAUACCAAAACGCUACGAGUCGCCAAAGCUAUUUACAAGCGGUAUAUUGAAAACAACAGCGUUGUUGCCAAGCAGCUUAAGCCUGCAACUAAAACAUUCAUUAGGGAUAACAUUAAGCGACAACAAAUUGACUCAGCAAUGUUUGAUCAGGCUCAGACCGAGAUUCAGACAACGAUGGAGGAAAACGCAUACCAGAUGUUUCUGACCUCUGACAUAUACCUCGAAUACGUCCGAAGCGGGUGUGAAAACCCGACGCAUGUCAACCCUAAUGGGUUAGGAAGCCUGAAACUAGUCUGCGGUUACCUGCCGACUCUUAACGAAGAGGAGGAAUGGAGUUGUAAUGACAUUAAAGCCAAAGCAUUGGCAACCGUUGUUGGACUAUCCACUAAAGCGCUUCGGACAACUCCAUCUCUAAGGACUAUGGAGGUAUUGGAUAACGGGUACAGGCAUUACAGACGUACAGAUCCUGCCCACCCUUACCAUGUGACCUCUGGCUACAGCUUUGCCCCUGCCACCAGUGCCAAUGACAGUGAGAUUUCUAGCGACGCCAUGACAGAUGACUCCACGUCAAUGACGGACAGCAGCGUAGAUGCCAUCCCACCCUACAAACUGGGCAGUAAGAAGCACCUGCAGCGUGAGAUCCAUCGAAACCUGAGGAUGAACGGACAGGUCACACUCCCUCACUUUCCGAGGACCCAUCGGCCGCCUAAAGAGAUGACUCCCGUGGAGCCUGCCGUGUUUGCGGCGGAGCUGAUUGCCAGGCUGGAGCGGCUGAAGAGGGAGCAGGAUACCAUAAGUUCCCUGGAGGAGAGGCUGCAGCAAAUCCAGGAGGAAGAGGAGAGGGAUGAUUCGGAAGUGCCAGGCAGUGCCACACACUCUCUCCCCCUGCUGACCCCUGGCUCCUGCGAGGAGGAUCCCCAGGCCAUCCUAGACGAGCACCUAUCCAGAGUCCUUAAGACCCCCGGCUGUCAGUCUCCAGGGAUGGUUCGCCAUUCGCCCCGGUCACGCUCCCCAGACCAGCGCCUGCUUACUCGGGGAGGACCGGUCACCAAGCCCCUGCCAAGCUCUUCUCUGGGUGCCUUCGUGCCGGGCAAGACCUUCAUCUCCAGGCAGUCCACCAAGCACAUCCACCACCAUUACAUCCAUCAUCACACAGGACUGAAGAGCAAGGAGCAGAUCGAGGCAGAGGCUACCCAGCGAGUACAGUGUCUCUGUCCUGGGUCCGCCGAGUGCUGCCCAACCUACACGCGCAGCCGCAGCCUGGGCAGAGAGCAGUGUGGAAGCCCGGCAGAGAUGUCCUUUGGGUGUUCCAGCACUCUGUCCAAGCGGCUGUGUAAGUCUGGUGAAGAGGUGAAUGCUGAGGGAGUGGACAACACUCUGCAGCUGCCCACAGACAGCACAGACCGCUCACAGAACGUCUGGCAGUGGAUUCUGGAGAGCAACCGACAGGCCAGGCACAGGCCUCACAGCACUCAAAGCACCAAGAAGUCAUACGGAUCCGACUCGGCGCGGGUGCACACCUGGGGGGGCGGCGGCAGCGGCGGUCAUCUCCGUGCCCAUCAGCCUGCCCACCCGUUCGUCCAGGACCCAGCGAUGCCCCCUCUACCACCUCCCAACACUCUGGCUCAGCUAGAGGAGGCAUGCCGACGCCUGGAGGAGGUCUCCAAACCCCCCAAACAGAGGCAUUCAACUUCAAGCUUGCAGAGAGACAAGAGCCACCCAGUGCCUGUCCAGAAUGGGACUUCAUCUUUCCUGAGCCCUGGGCUUCAAACAGAAGAACUGAAAGAGCCAAAGAAGCAGGCGGGUAGCCACGUCUCCCUUGGCUCAGAGACUGUCAUCACAUACUUCUUCUGCGGCGAGGAGAUUCCCUAUCGCCGAAUGAUGAAGACGCAGUGCCUGACACUCGGCCAUUUUAAAGAGCAGCUGAGGAAGAAAGGCAACUACAGGUACUAUUUCAAGAGGGCUAGCGAUGAGUUUGAAUGCGGGGCAGUGUUUGAGGAGAUCUGUGAUGACGGGACGGUUCUGCCCAUGUACGAGGGCAAGAUCCUGGGCAAGGUGGAGAGAAUGGACUGAGGGUCCUGCUGCCAUCGCAGAACAACCCAACCACAAAGGACACACACACACA